AUGGAGGCUUUAUUCUACAACAGAGUUAAGGCUAGGCCCGAGAAUUUGGCCAAUAAUUGUUCAGAGAAGAAGAAGUAUGAGACUAGUAGGAUACAACAGCCAGGUAGAGUGUAUACCACUUCUGCAGUAGGUGCUGAGGGAUCUGAGACACUGAUUAGAGGUAACUGUCAAAUGGCUGGUAAAAUCUUAAAUGCUUUGUUUGAUUCAGGAGCGACUCAUUCAUUUAUUGCAUUUGAGAAGGCUAAUGAGUUAGGAUUGAGAAUGGUGGUUUUAGGUUAUGAUUUGAAAGUGCAUAAUGCUACUCAUGAAGCUAUGGUGACUAGGUUAGAAUGUCUACAAGUUCCAUUUCGAAUACAACAGCGUGAGUUUGUGCAUGAUUUGAUUUGUUUGCCGAUGACUAGUCUUGAUCUCAUUUUGGGAUUGGAUUGGUUAUCCAAGAAUCAUGUUUUGCUUGAUUGUUCUGAGAAAUCAGUACAGUUUAUGCCGGAAGGGUCAGAAGCGCCGAUUGUGGUGAACUCUAUGAUAGUAAAUUGUUCUAGGACUGAAUGUCAUGGUAUCAUGUUAUUAACUAUGGGAGUAUCAGGUGAUGAUCAGAGUUUAUAG